AUGAAUAACAGAGGAGGUUUUUCACACCCACCAGGUAAAUUUCAUAUGAGAGGCAGUAAAACAUACACCCCAAGAAAUGGCGGACAAGGACAAGGACAACCACAACAAGCAGCACCAGCAUUUGAUCAACAACAACAACAACAACAACAACAACAACAACAACAACAACAACAACAACAAAAUUUUGAUCAACAACAACAACAACCACAACAACCACAACAACAACAAGGUGGAAACAACUAUUACUUCCAAUCUAAAUUUGGUAAUAAAUCACACCGUGGUGGAUAUCACGGUAAUGGUAAUGGUAAUAACAAUGGUAACAACAACAAUAAUAAUACAUCACCAAAUUUAAAUUCAACAUCACAUAACAAUAAUAAUAAUAAUAACAACAAUAACAACAAUAAUAACAAUAAUAAUAAUAAUACACAUUUUACAAAUAGUAGAGGAGGUCAUAGAGGUGGAUCAUCAAGAGGUGGAUCAUCAAGAGGUGGUAACAGUGGAUCAUCAAGAGGUGGAUCAAGAGGUGGAUAUAGAGGUCAAUCAUCAUUUUAUAAUUCAUCAUACCAAAAGUCAGGUCCAAGAUUAUUGACUAGCAUCGUAUCACUUCCACCAUUUAGUGGUGGUGCAAUCAUUGGUGUCAAAGGUUCAUUAUGGGGUUUAUUGAAUAAAGCUACCACCGCAAGAUUAAAGGUAUUCAAGAAUACAGCAAUCAUUAAGUGUGCCGACGCACAACAAUUGGAUAGAGCCAAAGAGAUCGUUCUAAAGUUGAAGAAUACCUCACCAAAAUACUUGUCGCUCAUCGAUUACAAAGGUGAACAAAAGAUUAAGUUUGUUCAUCAACCAUCAUUUUCAGAGGUGAUUUUAGAGAGUGGUGCUAUCGAUCCAUUGGCCACUGAUGGCGUUCAAUUGAUGCAAGAUUUGAUCAACUCCCAUGAAUCUCAAUAUGUCGCACGUUUAAAUGAAACCUUUUCAACUCUCUACAGUGAAAAAGGUUCUUCCACCCCUUUCAUAGACAUUGAAGCCGGUAAAAUAUGGUAUCUCCACAGUUCAAACAUUCCUUCAACUCCAAUGACUGCCGAUAAAUACGAAUUGUACACUGAAAGUCUCGCCUCUGUUUUCCAACCAUCAAAUGUUAUCAACGAGCAAUUUAUCACCUCUUCUCAAUAUAAACUUUUCAAACAAAAGAAACAAUUCACCUUCAUUUCAGUUUUAGAUACCGAAUCACUCGAUCUUUUAUGUAUUAAAUGUAGUGAAGAAAAAAUUACCCCAACCACUACCACCACCACCAACACUCAACAAUCACCAAAUAGCGACUCAUCAGAAUAUAAAUUCACUGAUCCAUUCAUUUAUAAACUUAAUCACAUUAAUAGUUCAAAAGUACUUUUCCCUCAAAUUAAAUCUGGUUCUGAUCUUCGUGUUACAAUCGACACCCACUCCAAGAGUAAAUUGGUUAGCGGAACUGGUCAACAUCAAUACGACAAUCUCAUCAAAUUUAUCGAUUCCAUUAAAAUUCAUAAAAACUCCUCUGGUAAUAACACCUAUCAAAUUCCAGAUAGCAAUCUUUUCAUGACUGAAUCAAUUAUCACUCGUAAGGUCUUAAUGUAUAGAUCCGAUGAUAAUAGCCUUCAAUUCCAUGUUAAUGAGGACAUUGCAACUCGUUACACAACUUCAACCCCCGAAGUUAACAGAGAAUCCACUACCGUAUUCUGUACUUCUCCUGCCCUUUACGAUCUCUUCAAAUCAAAGAAUUGGACCGUCGAUCAAGCUUCUGAUGAAUUAAAGAAACUCUCUAAAAAUCUUAGACUUUUGGUUUCAAAACAUUUAGAUUCAACUAAAUUCCAACCACCUUCAGCUGAUCAUACUACCCAAUUCGAACAAGAUGAUGAAGAAGAAGAGAAUUAA